CUCUCUCUCUCUCUCUCUCUAUAAAGUGAAACCGACCCAAGUCAGAUGACACUAUCGGAGGAGGAGGACUGAGGUGCUGAACAACCUAAAACCCUAACUUUAGGUUUGGGAUUUGUCGUGGAAGAGAAAUGGAUAUAAUGUCUCCGCAGGGAAAGUUGGCCUAUUUUCGAAUUAAAGAGCUCAAGGAUGUUCUAAGCAAGCUAGGUCUUCCAAAGCAAGGAAAGAAGCAGGAUUUGGUGGACAGAAUAUCUCGCAUUUUGCCAGACGAAGGACUAGCCAAAAUAAUUGAUGAUACUUACAGAAAAAUGCAGAUUUCAGAGGCUACUGAGUUGGCAACUUCGGGACAGACUGAUUUGGGUUUGUGCAAUGUGAAGCUUGAAACAGAAGUUGAAGAUUCAAUAAAUUCAGGUGUGAAGAUUUGCUGCCCAUGUAGAAAAUCAUUUCCUAACGAGUUAAUGGUACAGUGUGCAGAUCGAGGAUGCCUCGUGCAGCAACAUGCUGGUUGUGUUAUUAUUCCAGAGAAGCCUAUGGAGGAGACUCCAUCUAUCCCUCCUCCAUAUUAUUGCGAAAUGUGUCGAAUCAAAAGGGCAGAUCCAUUUUGGUUGACUGUGGCAUGCUUAGUGUCCCCUAUGAAGUUGGUCGUUUCAAAUAUUCCACCUGAUGGGACAAACCCCCUGCAGAUUGCAGAAACAACAUUUCUGCUGACACAAGCUCAUAAAGAUUUACUACAGAAAGAUGGAUAUGAUAUUCAGGCUUGGUGUAUUCUCUUAAAUGACAAAGUUUCAUUCAGGAUGCAAUGGCCACAAUUUGCAGAUUUGCAGGUUAAUGGACUUCAAGUAAGAGCAGUUAAUAGACAUGGAUCGCAAUUGCUGGGUGCUAAUGGUCGUGAUGAUGGUCCACUAAUUACAUUAUACAUCAUUGAUGGGGCUAAUAAGAUUUCUUUAUCGGCAUGCGAUGCUCGCGAUUUCUGUUUUGGUGUCAGACUUGUAAAGCGACGGACAGUUGAACAGGUCCGCAACUUAAUUCCCAAAGAAACAGAUGGUGAGCUUUUUGAAGACGCACUGGCCCGUGUUCGCCGGUGCAUCGGUGGUGGGAUGGCUACUGGAAAUGAAGACAGCGAUAGUGAUUUGGAAGUCAUUGCAGAGUCCAUUACAGUUAACUUACGUUGUCCUAUGAGUGGUUCUAGAAUGAGGGUUGCUGGCAGAUUUAAACCUUGUGUUCACAUGGGCUGUUUUGAUCUUGAAACUUUUGUUGAGCUAAAUCAGCGGUCUAGGAAGUGGCAAUGUCCCAUUUGCCUCAAGAAUUACUCUUUGGAGGACAUCAUCAUUGACCCAUAUUUCAAUUGCAUUACAACAAUGAUGCAAAAUUGUGGUGAAGACAUAACUGAUAUUGAGGUGAAGCCUGAUGGUUCUUGGGCUGUGAAAACCAAAGGUGAGCCUAGUGAUCUUGCGAAAUGGCAUUUACCCAAUGGUUCACUUUGUGAUGCCAGAGAUGAAGUCAUCUCCAACUUAGAAACACCAAGGCAGAUCAUCAAGGAAGGUAGUUCAGUUCGUACUUCUCUGAUUGGGAUGAAACAGAAUCUCUGUGGGACUGCAGAAGUCAGCGAAAAUCAAUUUAUCACCCUCUCCCCAAUACAUCAAAUGGAGGAUUAUAUUCAAAGUUAUGAUGAAAAUUUAAUUACAAUGAGCAGCAGUGCCUCUGGAAGUGGCGGAGAUGAUGAAGACCCAAGCAUUAAUCAGGAUUGCAAUGGGCAUAUUGAUACCUCUGCCAAUAAUGGCAAUGAGAUAAAUUUUAUUCCUCAUAGUUUUGAUUCAACUUUGGCGAUUGAAAAUCAAACAUCUGCACUGACAAGGGGUGCAGACAUCAUUAUUCUCAGUGAUUCAGAAGAAGGGAAUGAACAUUUGGACCCCCCUGAAUCAGUCUACAAAACCUUUUCUGCAAUUGAUAGUGGACCUCCCGGGUUUUCAGACUCAUAUCUGGUAGACCCAAUGCUUGAUGCUGGUGCAAAUUCUUGUUUGGGUCUUUUCAGUGGCAUUAUUAGCGAUAUUGGGAUGUCUAACUGGCCAUAUACUUCUGGUACUCGUGGAGGUUCUGGAUUCCAACUGUUUGGUACCGAUUCAAUUGUUGCAGAUGCUUUUGUUGACUUGGAUCAUUCUCCAGUAAUGUGUCCUCCUCCGAUGAAUGGUUUCACAACAGUUGCUAGACCAACUUUAACAUCUGGCAGGGAGAUCCUAGAUUCUCCUGUUUGCCAUAACAAUAUUGACAUAGAUGAGCAUUUAAUUGAUAAUACCUUGCCAUUUGUCGGUGAUGAUCCCUCUCUACAAAAUUUCCUUCCAUCUCAGCCACCUGUAGUGUUGUCAGAGUCUGAUUUGGGACAGCAGCCUCCUACUCUGAAUGGUAUCCGUACUGAUGAUUGGAUUUCUCUUAGGCUAGGUAGUGAUGGUGAGCAUGUUCGUGGUGAUCUUGGGUCUAAUUCUCGAUCUGCUGCCACAAAUGGGCUGGAAUUGAGACACAUUUGUGGACCGAAUGGAGCCGCUUCUUUGAGUGGUGAAACUAAGUCUAACAGAACAAAUAAUAAAAAAAUAUCAGCUGGCCCUUUCUCAUUUCCACGCCAACCACGGUCUGUGAGACAAAGAGUGCAUCCCUCUUAGAUGCAGAUCUGACUAGAUGGAAUCGGACCUUGUUGAAGAUACCUUUUUGAAGUUUCGAACUCUAGUUUCAGUAUCUACUUUGGGUUGAUGAUGGCUUUUUUUCUUUAUUGAAAGAGCAAAGUCAAGCGUUCUUGUUUAGGUAAAUAUUACUUGGGGUUGAUGAUGCAUUUCCUACUGCUCGUGAUUUCAUGUUGUUAUGACAUCUCAUCUGCUUCAUAAAUUUAUUGGCAGCUUCAGAACCUCUUCACUUGAUGGUAUACAAUAGUUUCUCGCCCUCUGUGAUGAAGAAUGCAAGUCUGACUUUCAACUCUUGACAUACUUGUAUAUUCUACAACUGAAGCAAUAUCUUAGGUUGAAGAAAGAAAAUUAAGAAACUUUUGAACUUCUUCUGCUUCUUAACCUUUCGAGAUCAUGGAAAGCCUUACUUAUCUAUUCUGGAAAACAGCUUUAAUUAUCUUGUGGCCUAGUCUUGCAAGGAUAAACAUGUGUAAAUAUUAUGAGAAGCUGUAAAUAAAAUUAUUCUGCUUUUCCAAGUCUAUAUUUACGCCAAAUCCGAUGUGUAGCUAGAGAGAAGAACCAGGCAACUAACACAGGUGAUGCAGGUAGGAUUAUAUGUGCAUGCACUGCCAUGGCAACCGCUUGACUG